AUGUGCGUCACCUUUUUGUGCACUGAUGGAAUAGAAAGAGGACUCCCCUUCAAGCUAAUUUUGAUCAACAACAGGGAUGAAAUGCUCGAGAGACCCACUUCGGAAAGCCGAUGGGAAGACGGAUAUCUGGCGGGUAAGGGCUGGCCUUGAUUUUUAAAAAGUCUUAUCAAUUUUUAUACUAGACACAUUGCUUUUGUUUGAUAACACGCGUAGAGAAUUAUAAAACGUUACAGGAAGGGAUGAAUUUGCUGCGGAGCGCGGUACCUGGCUAGGGAUUACCAAAGAUGGAAGGAUUGGGAAUAUACUGUCGAUCACCGAGCCUCUAAACAAAGCAAAGAAGCCUGAUGCUCCGAGCCGAGGUAUGUCUGCAAUAAUCUCUGUAGAUUAUAUAAUUUAGGUGCAAUUGCGAAGAAUUUCCUGACGGGAAAUAAAGGUGUUGAAGAAUUCGGGGAAGAAUUGGUGAGAAAUGCGGAGAAGUACCAUGGGUUUCACUUCGUGGGGUUGCAAUUGUGGGUUUUCUGGUGAAGUUUAUCUUGUAUUUGUCGUUUUCGGUACUCGUGAGGAUGGUAUUGGUAACUAAGGCAAUAUUAUCGAUUUUUUAGGAAUGCCGCGCGCUUCUUUGAUGUAUACUGUCUGACCAAUCGUCUGGUUCCCGAGAUUAAACUUCACAAAUGGCCCAAGGGUAAUAGCUCUGGGUUCUUGUGUAUUUGUUUUUUGUAGGACUUUACGGCUUCGGCAACAGUCCCAGAUCCUCUCAGAUGCAGAAAGUUGUGAGGGGAGAGAAACUUUUUGAGGAAAUCGUCGGGAAUCUGCACGGAAAGAACGAAGAUGAAGUGAUGGAAUCAUUGAUGACAGUUCUCAAGGAUACCAAAAAGUGAGCUCUUCAUCGGCCGUUGAGGAUAACAGAGAGUGUAUUUCUUUCGAUUAUUUACUGUUAUUUUUUAUAAUUUUCUUGGUAUUGUUUUAUUUUUUUUUUGCUUAAUUUUAUCGGUUUUCCAGAGUUUAUCCCUGCAAACAGUAUGAGAUUCAAACCGAGACUCCCUUUGAUUUCUACCAGCAUCUAACCUCGCUUUUUGUUAGAUUUCCUCCCAAUGUCAUCAAGUAUGGAACCAGGUAUGUGUUUUUUCUAACAAGAAAAGUAUUUUUAUGGGGGUUCCUAUUAGACGGGACAUAUCUCAAAAAAUACAUAAAAUCAUGCUGAUUAAGAAUAUGUAAAAAUUAGCUGCCCAAUUUCGGCGUUUAGAGGUGGAAAAUCAAUCGCAAGUUGACUUACUCCUAAAUAACCCCUUUUCGCCAACUUUUUCACAGGUUUACAAAUUUUAGUUUAGCUACUAAUGAUAUUUCUUGAGUGUCUAAAACGUAAUAGAUAGGUCUUGGCACAAAUAUUUAUUUUUGAUGCCUGCAACUUCAAAAAAAGUUGGUUCCGGACAAAAGAGAAAUCGAACUCGUGCGGCGUCCACCCCCCUGACUGCAGACUUCUGCACUAGUCACUCGGCCACAUCGCUCUCUUCCGAAGAGACCGACCGCUCUUUUUAUCGUUUUGAAUGCCUGCCUCUUUUGUAGGGAAAUUUUGCCAGUUUUUGGGCCUUUUAAUACCUGAAACCCAAAAUUGGGCAGUUUUAAGUCUUACAUAUUCUUGAUCAGCACAAUUUUUCGGAUUUUUCGAGAUAUGUCCCGUCGAAAAGUAGGAGUCUCCAUAAAAGUACUUUCCUUGCGAUUAAUACUUUGGUUUCUCCGCCAUUUUUAACUCUGAGCACUUCAGAUGUCACACGAUUAUAUUGAUAGACAAGGACGACAGGGUUACGUUCAAGGAAACUAGACUGGUUGACGUUGUUAAUGAGAAGUGGCAAACCAAUAUACAUACUUUUACGUUACAGUAG